UGGACUCGCGCGGCGGAGGGCGAAGGGUAGGGCGGCGCCGCCGUAGACGUUGGGGACGCUAGGUCGCUCUCUCUUUUUGAAGCUAUCAAAUGAUGCUGUUUGGAAAAAUUUCCCGGCAGUUCUGUGGCUUAAAGAAACUCCCAAGGUCACGUGACUCCCGAUACUUCUGGGGCUGGUUGAAUGCAGUGUUUAAUAAAGUGGACCAUGAACGCAUCCGGGAUGUUGGCCCUGACAGGGCGGCGUCCGAGUGGCUGCUGCGCUGUGGGGCUGUGGUGCGCUACCACGGCCAGGAGAGGUGGCAGAAGGAUUACAACCACCUCCCAACAGGCCCCCUGGACAAAUACAAGAUUCAGGCAAUUGAUGCCACUGAUUCUUGUAUCAUGAGCAUUGGAUUUGAUCACAUGGAAGGCCUACAGCAUGUUGAAGAAAUAAGGCUAUGCAAGUGUCACUAUAUUGAGGAUGGCUGUUUGGAGAGACUUAGUCAACUUGAAAAUUUACAAAAAAGCAUGUUGGAAAUGGAAAUAAUUUCAUGUGGGAAUAUCACAGACAAAGGUAUCAUUGCUUUGCAUCAUUUAAGAAACCUCAAGUAUUUGUUUUUAAGUGAUCUUCCUGGCGUAAAAGAAAAAGAAAAAAUUGUCCAAGCCUUUAAAACAUCACUGCCUUCUCUGGAACUAAAAUUAGACUUGAAGUAAAAUAAUAAUAUUCAGUAAGUGCUUAUUUCAGUAUAAAGUAUCAUGUGCAAUUGUUGAUCCUAAACAGCAACAAAUAUUACAUAAUCAACAGAACUAUAAGAAUGUUAUACGACAACACUCUAGCAGAGUCCAUCAUGUAGAAAAUAAAUAUUCAGAUGUGAUUCACUAAAGUUACUAAGUUAGAAGUGAGAAUUUAGGUACAUUAAACCAUUUUAAGAAAAAUGCAAACCAGGUACCAUUUUAAUUCUUAUAUAUUCCUUAUUUUAUAUCAAUCCUAUAUAAAUAUCUCUUGAUGUAGAUACUUAAGAGUUCUUUAAAAUGAUUUAAACGUACAACAGAUAUUCUUUAUUUUUUAACAGUAAUUUGUUGCAUUUUACUUUAAAGUUAUUGAAGCAUGUUACUAUAAAUAUACAAUUAUGAAAAACUGAAAGCUGAAUUUCAUAUUCAUUGAUGGAGUCAAUUAUGCAAAGUAGUCAGUGGUUGCUGGGGCGUUCAUAUUGCUUCCCAGGAUUUGCAUGCAUUUGUCAUGAUCCUGCAUUCCUGUGCUCUUUAUACCAUACAUCGUUUCUCUGAAUGAACAGUUUCUGGCUAAUUUGUCUAUUUUGUAGGCUUAGUCUAGUGUCUUAUUAAAACUAGACAUAAAUACCUGGCUGGAUUUAAAUAGCUUUGCUGAUUGCAGUAGAACAGAGGAAACAAUGAUAAAGGCCAGCAGAGCUAUACUUACUUUUUGCUUAAAUUAAAAAACUGCUUCAAACAGAAAAAUUUAACAUGUCAAUUAGAAACUAAUUUGUAUUCCCUCAUGUAUGUUGGAUAGUACUUCCCAUGAGCUCAAGGCACAUCAUAAGAAGUAUAAGCACAAAUUCACUUUACAUCUAGAAAGCAGUGAUAAAGAAUAUCAUAAAUAGGUAUAAACAGAUCUUUAUUUUUACCUGCUUCAAAUGGUCCUGAUUCUAUUAUUGUUAUUUAUAUGCCAACUUGUUUGUGGAUUUCUGUAUGUUUGGUUUGAAUAUUAAUCUGUUGAAUAUAACCUUGACUGGAGAUAAUUUUAAAAUAAACACUUUCUGUGAUGCAGCAUUAAAGUAGAAAAAUGAAUUUUAGUUGUGUUAGGAACCAGCUUAUGUAAAUAGCACAUACCAUAAAUGAUAUACUGUUUACUAAUAUAAUUGCCACUGUCAUUUUAAAAAUCAGAAAAUAGUAAAUAAAAAAAUGAUAAGGAUGUAGAACAGUCUCAUGUGAAACAGUGGCGAUUCCAUGCUGAAGAAAAGAUCACAGAUAUGGUUAAAUUAAGUAUAAGCAUAUAUUUAAUAGAACUCAUUAGAAAUAAAUGACCACUUCUGUCUCAGGCUUGU